UACUGGUUGCAGUUCUGUUUAUCCUCUUCAUUCAUGAUUUGGUUAACAGGGCAGAGCAUACCUUCUGUGUGUUGUCAGAUGAGACAAAACUUCACCAAGCAGAACUCCAAAGUCCUAACAUAUGUUAUUUAACAACCCCAGGCACCAGGACAUGCUGGGUGUUACCAUGCUGGAAAGACAAUUUGUAGAAAAGGGCCUCCGGGUCCUGUUGCACAACAGGUUGGACAUGGCCAAUGGGCCCACACUGCAAAGAAGGCUAAGAGUGUUCUUUGUUGGAUUAGGCAAAGUAUUGCCAAGAGUUUAAGGGGGGUGAUCCAUCCAACCCAUUAACUCAACUCUGGUUUGGCCAUACUUGUAGUAGUGUGUGCAGAUCAGAGAGACAUGAACAUACUGGAAAGACCCGAGCAUAUAGCCACAAAGAUGCUGAAGGGACUGGUGCAUCUCUGCUAUGAGGAAAGGCUGAAAGAGCUAGGGCUGUUCAGAUGGGAGAAGGGAAGGAUCAGGGGUACUUGUCUAUAUAUACAAAUACCUGAAAGGAGGGUGAGAGGAAGACAGAGCCAGGCUCAUUUCAGUGGUGCCCAACACCAGGACAAGAGGAAAUAGACACACACACCCUGGAACAGAAGAAGUUCCCACUGAACAUCAGGAAACACUUCUUUACUGUGCAGGAGUCUGAGUAUCAGCACAGGUUGCCCAGAGGUGUUAUGGAGUCUCCAUCCUUACAGAUCUUCCAAAGCUGUCUGGACUUGGUCCUUGGCAACCUGUUCUAGGUGGCCCUGCUGGAGCAGGGAUUGGACCAGAUGACCUCUAGAGAUUCCCUGACAAGCUCAACUGUUCUGGAAUUCUGGGAUCCUGAGCAUAUGACUGUGACACAGCCCUGUUACUUGCUGGACAAAGGAAAGUGGCCUUUCCACUAGCUGGGACCCUGAGUGUGCAAAGGCCUCUGGAAAGCGGUGAUGUUGGGCAGUGACCUUUCUGACUCUCUCAACAGCUCCAGAGAUGAAUGGCAAUUGUAAGACCUUUGAGCACAAAGCAUUUGUGCAAAGUAGGAGUGUCAAUUGACAGAUGGCUCAAAGUCAUUGGAUAUCUUCCUCUGGUGACAUUUCUGGGGAGCACCAGGAGGUGGGCAUUUGGUAGGAAAAACUACUCUCGGUGGGAGGCUUUGCUGUCAAGAACUGCAGCAGACUAAGGCUGGCCCUUCUGCAAGGGUCCCAAUAAAGAGUUAUGUGCCAAAGACAGGUUUUGUGAUUCUGACAACAAGACCAUUGUCCACUGAGGAGUGACCAAACAUGUGUAAAGGUAACCUGAGCAGAUGAAGGCCUUCGUGUUGUGCUGCAUAAUCCCUUGGUCGCAGGAUAAACUCUUCCAGCUCCUUGUAAAAGCAGAGCCUGCAGGCACUACUUGCUCUGUACUGGUCACAUCUACACUGAAGAAGUAUACUGUUCAUCUAACAGUAUAGAGAGAACGUUUUGGUAGAAAUGAUGAAUAGAGUUGCUUUCUUGGAGAAAACCCUAAAAUAGGCUGAAUGACCAAUGAGGGGACACUCACAGUCUCCUACAGAUGGGGUUUGCAUGGUACAUGGCAUGUAGCUGGAAUCCAUUUGGAAGAUGUGCCACUCAGGGUUCCCAGCCUCUAAAGGGAGAUGAGAUUACUCAUACUCAUCUCUUCUUAUCAUCUUCACUCUAUUCACUGGAAUUGUGAUUGACACCUCACAGAGUCUUAGUGUCUUUCUUACUGGCAUUGAAAUGAACCAGCACCUCCUGCUGUAAAACUGCUGAUUCUCAGUUGUUCUAAGCCAAACAUCAGCAUGUCUGAGGCAGUUCAGAAGGUCUUCUGAUAGCUUAAAUGCUAUAACAGUGAAGAUUGUUGCCUAGGGGGCCCUAAGAGGUGCCAUUUAGGAAGCAAUGCACUGGGCAGGACUUGUCAGAAGGAGAGGCAGAAGGCAAAGGCCAGGUUCUGGUACCUCAGCGCCGUCUCCACCCACAGUCAGUCCCACAGACCGCUGCCUCGUUUAAACAGUGUGUUCUGGGGUGCAGUAACUCGUUUCUGUUGUGGAAACAAGGAAUUGUGGCUGACGGGGUGGGACGACAGUACACACAAAAAGCAUUUUCCUCCUCUAACUGGCCAUGUUUUUUAUACAAGCUUCUCCACCCAGGUCCUUGUUACCGUUAAGUACAGAUAUUGCCAGGCACUUCGAUCUCCCCGCGAGGUCUUCAGUGCUCCGAGAUGGUUUCAUGGCGAUUAGGGUGAGACAUGCUACCGUGACGGCACAGCUGUUCGGUGUGUGUCAGGCCUUAUUUCAUGAGCAGCAGGCGAGUAGCAGCGGACCUGCCGCGCGAGCGAACACGGGACGCUGAAGAGGCACAAGAUUGCAGUUGUUGUGUGAGGCUGCGAGUGUCGCUGUUGGUUAAGGCUGGGCUACCAGGUCCAAGGCAAAAGGGGCGCGGGGUCAGUAAGCCCGGACAGGCUGUUCGGGACGAGGCUCGGCGGGAGGAACGCGGAGAACGCGGGGACGGCUCUGGGCCUGAAAGGGAGAGCGGGAGCCGGAGACCGGUCUGGGAAACGACGGCGAGAGAAGGGCGCUGGGGCCGGAGGCAGCGAGUGCUGCUGUGCUGCGCGCUGGUGGCGGCGUGGGAGGCGGCGUGGGGGCAGCUGCGCUACUCGGUGCCCGAGGAGCUGCCUAAGGGCUCUUUCGUGGGCGACGUGGCCAAGGACCUGGCGCUGCAGCUGGCGGCGCUCCGCGACCGCGGCGCCCACAUACUGGACCGAGGUAGGACGCGGUAUUUCGCUCUGCCUGCGAACAGCGGCCACCUGGUGACGGCGGAGAGGCUAGAUAGAGAGCAGCUGUGCCGGCUGGUGGAGCGAUGCGUGCUGCAUUGCGAAGUGAUCGUGGAGGGCGAGAUGAAGGUCUACGGCAUCGAAGUAGAAAUCACAGAUAUUAACGAAAACGCGCCAAGCUUCGGAUAUGCAGAUAUGGAACUGAGAAAGAGCGUGACGACAACUCCAGGGUCGCGGUUUUCCCUGGCCGAUUCUCACGACUCGGACGUGGGAGUGAAUUCCUUGCAGAGCUACGAGCUGAGCGGCGACGAGCACUUCUCGCUGUCCGUGUAGGCGGGAGCCG